AUGUCGGCAGACAACACAAAUCAAUCAAUUCUCAUCCUCGGCGGCGGCUGCUUCGGUCUGGCCACAGCCUUCGAACUCGCUCAGAAGGGCUAUAAGAACGUCACAAUCCUCGAAAAGGACAUCGACGUGCCCAGUCGCUUUUCUGCCGCAUACGAUCUGAACAAGGUCAUUCGCGCAGAGUACGCGGACGACUUCUACACCCAGUUAGCUCUGGACUCAAUUCGGAAAUGGCAGUCAGAUCCCCUUUACAGCCCUCAUUAUCACCAAACUGGCUUUCUGAACGUCACAUCGGGGAAAGCUGCUCAAAACACCAAGGGUGCUGUGGAGAGCUAUUUCCAGUCCCUGCAGAAGAACCCAGCGUUCAAUGGCCAGACCACUCGUGUAAACAGCAGUGAAGAGAUCAGGAAGCUUGUUCCCAAAUUCACAGGUCCCCUCAAUGGAUUCGCCGGCUAUCAUAACAAACUUGCCGGUUAUGGUCACUCUGCUAACGCUUUGAGGGCCGUGUACGAGCAGUGUGUCAAGCUUGGUGUCAAAUUUCACCUUGGGAAAGAUGGAGAGGUCGAGUCAUUGUUGUACGCUUCAAGUAGAGAGGGCACGAAGUGCAUAGGAGCCAAGACCCGGGGAGGAAGCAUCCACACAGCAGACAAGACUGUCGUUGCUUUGGGUGCGGACGCCGCUAAUCUUCUUCCCCGUAUUGGCAAGCAAAUGACAGGCCGCGCAUGGGGCGUCGCACAUAUCCAACUCACAGAUGAAGAAGCCGCUGAACUCAAGGGCAUCCCGGUCACCAACGUCCGGGAUCUAGCCUUUUUCUUUGAGCCUGAUCUCAAAACUAAGAAGCUCAAGUUCUGUCAUAUGGGCGGUGCUUUCACAAAUUAUUCCUACACCAGGGACGGUCUAUCAAUCCCUUUCCCUAACCUCGCAGACUCUCAAUUCAUGCCUCAUGAGGAUGAAGUCCACAUUCGACAGCUCCUCAAAGAGGUAUUCCCUCACCUUGCCGAGCGACCUCUGAUUGACCAGCAUCUUUGCUGGUUCGCUGAUACCGACGACUCGGACUUCAUCAUCGACUAUGUUCCCGGGACGAAUGCAUCUUUGGCGGUACUCAGUGGUGAUAGUGGUCACGGAUUCAAGAUGUUGCCUAUCUUUGGUCAGUUUGUGCAUAAGCUUAUUGUGGACGAGAAGCAGGUCCAGCCUAAGUGGCAGUGGAAGGACAGUAAGCCCAAGGCUGCGGCUGCUUGGAGGAGUAGCGAUAGUCAGGAGCUUGCUGGUGUUCCCCGGGCGAAGCUGUAG